GAUUUGAUGCCAUAUCCUUCGUACUCCACCUGAGCCUGGCACAUCUGGAGGAGAAGAACACACAUGUGCGAAUGCUGUACGUGGACUUCAGUUCAGCGUUCAAUACAAUUAUCCCUCAGCACUUGGUAAGCAAAUUGGGUUCAUUGGGCCUCAGCACCCCCUUGUGUAACUGGCUACUGGACUUUCUCACUGACAGACCCCAGUCAGUGCGGGUUGGAAACAACACCUCCAACAUCAUCUCUCUGAGCACCGGCUCCCCUCAGGACUGUGUCCUGAGUCCACUGCUGUUUACCCUGAUGACCCAGGCCUGCUGUGCCAGGUUUAGUACAAACCACAUCAUGAAGUAUGCAGAUGAAACAGCAGUGGUGGGCCUUAUCCGGGACAACAAUGAUCUGGCUUACAGGGAGGAGAUGAAACAACUGGUGGACUGGUGCAACACGAAUAAUCUGGUCCUGGAUGUUGACAAAACAAAGGAGGUCAUUGUUGACUUCAGGAGACACUGGCACAUUCACACACCACUACACAUUAAUGACAUUGAUGUGGGGUUGGUCAGUAGCACUAAGUUCCUGGGGGUGCAGAUCACGAACAGUCUGACCUGGUCACAAAACAUCGCAUCACUAGUUAAGAGAGCGCAGCAGCGGUUGCACUUUCUGUGCCGGAUGAGAAGAGCUCACCUCCCCCAUCCCGUCCUCACCGCUUUCUACAGUGGCGCCAUAUAGAGCAUUUUGACCAGCUGCAUCUCUGUCUGGUUUGGGGACUGCAAAGCCUCCGACUGGAAGGCCGUGCAGAGAGUGAUGAGGACGGCUGAAAAAAAUCAUCGGGACUUCUCUCCCUUCAAUCCGGGACAUUGCGUGCAAACGUUGCUCGUCCAAGGCCAACAGCAUUAUAAAAGACCCCACACAUUUCCAUCAUGGACUGUUCACUCUGCUGCCCUUGGGAAAAGAUGGAGGGGGAUAUGAUAUUAUCACUGCUGAAGUGGUGGUGACACCGGACGUUCGAGACUACAGACCAAGCUAUGGUUCUCUGAAACGGGUCUGGGAGAUGAAUUAUCAGGAAGCAGCAAUCUACCUGCAGGAGGGAGAAAAUAAUGACAAGUUUUUCACUCAUCCAAAAGAUCAAAAAGCCCUUGCAGCCUACCUCUUUGUGCACAAUCACACCUUCUAUAUCAUGGAGCUGAUUUCCGGAUUGCUGCUGUUGAUACUCUCGCUGUGCGAGGCUCCAGCUGUUCCCUCACUCAGACUCGACAUUUAUGUGCAUGCCACACUGGAACUGCUUGCACUUCUCACAGUGGUGUUUGAACUUGGUAUGAAGAUGAGAUGGUUAGGUUUUCGGACCUUUAUUAGGCAUAAAAGAACUAUGCUGAAAAGUUCAGUUUUGUUUGUACAGUUUAUAGAAGUCAUUGUGGUAUUAAUCAGACAGACCUCGCACGUCCGGGUGACUCGCGCUUUGCGACCAAUCUUUCUGGUAGACUGCAGAUAUUGUGGUGCAGUGAGAAGAAACUUGCGCCAGAUCUUCCAAUCUCUUCCUCCCUUUAUUGACAUUUUAUCGCUACUACUUUUCUUCAUGGUUAUUUUUGCUAUUUUAGGUUUUUAUUUGUUUUCCGCCAAUCCAUUGGAUCCAUAUUUUAGCACUCCAGAAGACAGUCUUGUCAGUUUGUUUGUUCUGCUAACUACGGCUAAUUUUCCAGAUGUGAUGAUGCCAGCUUAUUCCAAAAACUCGUGGUCCUGUGUGUUCUUUAUUGUGUACUUAUCCAUCGAACUCUACUUCAUCAUGAAUCUGCUUCUUGCUGUGGUGUUUGACACAUUUAAUGACGUUGAAAAGAGGAAGUUUAAAUCACUCCUUUUGCACAAACGAUUAGCAAUAGAGCACGCCUUCCACCUUCUGGUCAGCAAGCGGAGGCAUAAUGGCAUUUCCUUCAAACAGUUUGAGGGUUUAAUGAGAUUCUAUUACCCAAGAAUGAGUGCUCGAGAUAAAUAUCUCACCUUCAAAGCACUGAAGAAAAGCAAUACAGAGUUACUUGGAAUAGAAGAUUUUUACAACUUCUAUGAAGUUACUGGAUUAAAAUGGAAAGCAAAAAGAAGUGGAGACUAUUGGUUUUAUGACCUCCCACAUACUCCAUUUCUCAUUUUUAAAGGCAUUAAUAUCCUUGUGAAGUCCAAAGCAUUCCAAUAUGCCAUGUAUGUUGUAAUUGCUGUAAACGGGAUUUGGAUACUGGCAGACACACUCAUGAUUAAAGAUGGUGCCUUUUUCCUAAGGAUUGUGCCCUGGAGUUACAUUGUAUUUCUCACAAUUUAUGGUGUUGAAAUGUUGCUGAAAAUUACUGGACUGGGACCAUCGGAGUAUUUCACAUCUGGAUGGAAUCUGUUUGAUUUCCUGGUUACCAUAUUUGCAUUUGUUGGAAUAGUGGUCUUGGCAUUUGAUAUGGAGCCAUUCUAUUUCAUUGUUAUAUUGAGGCCACUUCAGUUGCUCAGAUUAUUUAAGAUUAAGCGAAGAUACAGAGAUGUUCUGGACACAAUGUUUGAAUUACUUCCCAGAAUGGCCAGUUUAGGGUUAACACUCAUGAUAUUUUACUACUCGUUUGCAAUAGUGGGAAUGGAGUUUUUUGGUGAUGUUCUCUACCCUAACUGCUGCAAUAACAGCAUGGUAGCAGAUUCAUACCGUUGGAUAAAUCGGACUAUUGGUGACAGAACAGUGAUACAGGGGUAUUAUUCACUCAAUAACUUCAAUAACAUCCUGAACAGUUUUGUUACUUUGUUUGAGCUGACUGUUGUAAACAAUUGGUAUAUAAUCAUGGAAGGCGUGGUAUCUCAGACAUCUCAUUGGAGUCGUAUUUACUUUAUGACUUUCUAUAUUGUAACAAUGGUUGUGCUUACUAUUAUCGUUGCCUUUAUUUUGGAUGCCUUUCUAUUUCGUAUGAACUACAGUAGAAAAAAUAAAGAUGAGGAAGAUGAGAAUGGAAUUGUUUUCGAGACUGAGGUGGACAAAGCGGAAAUUGACAGACUUCUUGAAUACAACAAACAGAAUGGUUCUUCAUCCUCUGCGAUCUCUGGACUUGUUAAAUUGUCAUCCAGAAUGGCAAACAAUGAUCAACUUAAAAUGGUUUUUAUUGGCAGAAGAUUAAGAACAAAGAGUGACCUGAGUAUUAAAAUGUAUGAAGAGGAGAUUCAGGAAUGGUACGAAGAGCAUGCCCGGAUAAACCAAAUGCAGCAGGACCAACCACUGGAAUGUAUUUUGAACUCCAACACGCACCUGCCAUCUGCAGAAUUGCGACAGCGCUCCCAGACUGUAACUUAGAAAUAUAACCAACUUGUCCACAAUGCAAUAAUUAUUCAGUAUUAUUUUGUAUCUGGUGUUUUGCACGUAUGCACUUGGGGAUGUUCUGCCAGUUCGAAGACCUACUGUGAUGGUACAAUGCUGAAUUCUGGAAGGGGUCAGACUGCUGGGGAGGAAAGAGUCCACGUUACUCAGAAAUUAUGAUCUGAUGAUCUGUGGUAAGCUAUAUGUGUCAAAAAAUAUAUAUUGUUAUGUUUAUUUAAGUUCCAUUGAUAUUUAGCUUUUAGCAGUUUUUAUUUCAUACCUGAAUUAAUAACGUGCUCUGUGGGUAGCUGAUCACAAUAUUUUAAUAUAAAAAAAACCUCCAUAACCAGUGUUUUUUAUUGCGGCAGUUCUCAUUGUCAGUCUAUAAGAUGUACUAUACCUAAAGGAAUCAUUCUUUUUUGACUCAGAAGAUGUAAUUCUCAGGGUCACCUAUUUGUAAGCCAUAGUAUUAUAUACAGGAAGCUACAGUGCCCUCCAUAAUGUUUGGACAAAGACCUAUCAUUUAUUUAUUUGCCUCUAUACUCCACAAUUUAAGAAUUGUAAUAGAAAAAAAUCAUUUGUGGUUAAAGUGCACAUUGUCAGAUUUAAAUAAAGGCUGUUUUUGAACAGUUUGGUUUCACCAUGUAGAAAUUGCAGCAGUGUUUAUACAUAGAAUCUCCAUUUCAGGGCACCAUAAUGUUUGGGACACAGCAAUGUCACGUAAAUGAAAGUAGUCAUGUUAAGUAUUUUGGUGCAUAUCCUUUGCAUGCAAUGAUGACUUGAAGUCUGCUAUUCAUGGACAUCACCAGUUGCUGGGUGUCUUCUCUGGUGAUGCUCUGCCAGGCCUGUAUUGCAGCCAUCCUUAGCUUAUGCUUGUUUUGGGGUCAAGUCCCCUUCCUCUUCAGCAUAUAAAAGGCAUCUCAAUUGGGUUCAGAUUGGGUGAUUGACUUGGACACUCAAGAAUUUACCAUUUUUUAGCUUUGAAAAACUCCUUUGUUGAUUUAGCAGUAUGUUUGCAAUUAUUGCUUGCUGUAGAAUGAACUGCCGGCCAAAGGCAAAGGCAAGUUUAUUUGUUUAGCACCAUUCGUGCAAACAACAAUUUAAGGUGCUUUACAGGAAAGAAAAAAUAAAAUAGUCAAUAAUUAAAAAUUGCAAAAUAAGCAAUACGACAAAUGUAUGAAUAAUAAAACAACGUCAAUGAAACAAUAAAACGAUUUUAAAAAGCACAUAAAAGGGUUAAAAUUAGACGGUUAAGAUUACCUGCAUGUCGGGUUAUGGACAAGCUAUAGUAAACAACAGUGUUUUUAGGCCUGAUUUAAAUGCGCUUACAGUCUGUGCACACCUCAGGUGUUCAGGAAGCUUGUUCCACAGGUGUGGAGCAUAAAAACCGAAUGCUGCUGUUUUUAAGGCUUCGGGAAAAUGCCCCGAUUGAAGGAAAGUGUUUACUAUGUUCAGUACUUCUGGUGCAACACUGUUAAAA